AAGCCAUAUUAGCGUGCUCUGCUAUUGUCAAGGCAAAAUCAACAACCAGCAACCGAAAAGUUGCGACAAUCAACAGCGCAAUUACCGACGUCUGUUGCGCCUCGUUACCCGUCGAAAACUGCAUCUCUUUCCCUUUUACUGUCAUGCUAGGAAACUGCAUCAGUCGCAUCUCAACCGUGCCGGGGCGAAAUGCAACCACAGUCGGGAGGAACAAAGAUCUUGCUUUCGAUAGUGCUGAUGGUGUCCGAGUUCGUCGUAACUGAAUGGGUGGAGAUACCCUUUCUGCAACCAUCGACGACCACUCCGAAAACAACGGCGGUCAUUCGAAAGAACAUCAACCAACCGUCAUAUAUCGCCGGUUCCGGUCUCAUCAAUCACAUUGCCGAAACGGAAGACGCAAAGACUUUCAACACAUCCGGGAAAAUUAGUGAUCUGAUAGAUUAUGAGCAGUUUGUACGACGGACUACGACAACCGAACGGCCAAUCGUUGGUUUGUUAGCAACACAACCGAACCGAUACGCAAACUUCCAGAAGAGACUAUUUGCACAUCCACGUGGUAAUUUGACCAGCAGUCAGGAGUUGUGGUUCCGGCCGUCACAAGGACAUAACUUUAUAACAGCUAAUCGUGCUAUAAUCUCACACCGAAACGAAGAUCAUGAACCACCAAGCAACAAGUACGAGGAAGAAUCCAUUGAGUAUUUGAAUACGGACUUUUCUACGCCCCGACCAGAGUCACUGGGAACUUCUUCGUAUGGGCAUUUUGGAAACCACAGAAUCGAUCAUCCAACGGAUGCUUCGAGCGUGAGCUCAGAUGAACAGAUUUCUAACGAGUCCACAUACUCGAUCGAAUCGCCUGAAAGCACAGAACAAUUUCUUGACUUUGAUGACUACGAUGCAUUACAGAAUAGGUUUCGCAAUGUUAGUAGCAUUAUCAAACGAAAACGUCGACCGCAAGAACCGGAACAAGUUACGAUCGUUCGGGUAAUUCCGUCAAGACGUCGACUACGACCUGGACCUGACGUUAAAGGAGAAGGCAGUUUCUUGAGUUUCCUGAAAUUUCUCAAAAAGAUGCAGGAUGGUUUUCUACUGAAAGCAACUAAAAAUAUAGGAGAUAAGAUCCGACUGUUGAGGCAUCUUCGGGAUCAGUUGCUUUUGAGCAUAGAAAACCGAAUCACUGCUCUUUGGGGGAAGCCUUCUGAAUCUGAUGAAUCCAACGGGCAACGUCGGGUGAAGAGAGGAGGCUGGAUGGAUGAGUACUACACAAGCGGACACGGAGGAAUGGAUUUCCCUUCGGCAGAAGCUGCUCUUCUAACCAUCUCCUUCCUAACAUUUGCCGUGUUUCUUAUAAAAUUGGUUCUGCAAGUGAUCAGCACGAUCAAAGCAAAGCACUACACCUACAACACGCUGGCCGGAGUGAACGGAGUUAGUGCAUCUACACUCAAGCUGUUGAAACGAGGAAAACGAGAUUCACUUUUGGAAAAUCCUUCAGCUCAUGAUUUGAACAUUUUCAGUGCUAUUAACAAUUAUAAACUGACGUAAGUAGCUUGAAAAAAUGA